AUGCAGGCGGUUCCGGAAUCCCGUCAGCAGACUUUCGAGGAGAUUUAUGGCCCCCCCGAGAAUUUUUUGGAGAUUGAAGUCCGAAACCCCCAAACCCACGGCACAUCCCGAAGCAUGUACACCUCGUACGAACUGACCUGCCGCACCAACAUCCCCGCCUUCAAGCUCAAGCACUCGGUCGUGCGCCGCCGGUACUCCGACUUCGAAUACUUCCGGGACAUCCUGGAGCGCGAGUCCACGCGCGUCACCAUCCCCCCGCUGCCCGGCAAGGUGUUUACCAACCGCUUCAGCGAUGAUGUGAUCGAGCAUCGGCGCGAGGGGUUGCAGCGCUUCUUGCAGAUCGUCGCGGGGCAUCCUUUGCUGCAGACCGGAAGUAAGGUGUUGGCGAGUUUUGUGCAGGAUCCGAAUUGGGAUCGGAAUGCGUGGUGA